CGGGGCGUGGGCGGAAGAGGAGCCGACGCAGAUGUUGAUGUCAACAGUGGAAACCUUCUGCGACAACAGCCUUCACAAGAUUCACCUACGAGGCUUUUUAUCGCCUCACCAUUACGGUGCAGCUCCUUCUGUCAGAGUCGUCCUGUUGUGCAUGGGAACAUCACUGUAGUACCUAGCAGACCAUAGACCAUCAGCGGCAGUCAGUGUAGCGCCCCCUGGUGUUUGCGAUGUCUUCAUCAGACCUCCUGGUGGACCUGAGUGAGGACCCGGCAACGGCACAGUUAGGUCAGCUCAAACUCUCCACGUACGAGGACCAGCAGUGGCCCGCUGACGAGCCCGCCUCAGCCAUACGCAGACAAAGAGCGGCCACACAUAUUUGGAAAAAGUCGGAGUCCACUCAGCCCUUUGAUGCCGCCUCUCCGCACCUGCCCUGGGACCACCCCUUCUAUGACAUCGCCCGCCAUCAGAUCAUUGAAGUGGCAGGGGAUGACAACUUUGGGAGGAAGGUCAUCGUGUUCAACGCUUGCAGGAUGCCACCCCAGCACCAACUGGACCAUCACAAGCUCCUCAUGUACCUGAAAGGCACUCUGGACCAGUAUGUGGAGAGCGACUACACCCUGAUCUACUUCCACCAUGGUCUGACCAGUGAGAACAAACCUUCUCUGGGCUGGCUGCGUGACGCCUACAGGGAGUUUGACAGAAAGUAUAAAAAGAACAUUAAGGCUCUGUACAUCGUUCACCCCACAAUGUUUAUCAGGACACUUCUAAUUCUCUUCAAACCACUCAUUAGUUUUAAGUUUGGCCGAAAGAUCAACUACGUGAACUACCUGAGCGAGCUGGAGGACGUGGUCAAAUGUGAGCAGCUUGUAAUCCCGGCCCGUGUCAGAGAAUAUGACAACAAACUGAGAGCGUCGCUGAAGCCCACAGCCCAGCCCCCCAUGUCCCCCCCUCGCUCCCCUCCUCUGCCUGACCAGGUGUUCGGAGUGCCCCUCUCCAUCCUGAGACAGAGGAGCGCCGAUGGAGAGCCCGUUCCCGUGGUGAUGAGGGACACUGUCAGCUUCCUGUCUGAACGAGGUUUAGAGAUGGAGGGAAUCUUCAGACGCUCUGCUAACGUCACUCUGGUCAAGGAGGUCCAGAAGCGCUACAACUCUGGUGAAGCGGUCAACUUCUAUGACAUGGAGGACGUGCACUUGGCUGCAGUGAUCCUCAAGACGUUCCUCAGAGAGCUGCCUGAACCUCUGCUCACCUACCACCUCUACAACGAUAUCGUCAACUUUGCCUCGGUGCCAGAGGAGAGUCAGGUGACUGUCAUGAAGACCCUGGUGGAGUCUCUGCCCGAGGAGAACUAUGCAUCGCUCAGAUACCUCAUCACGUUCCUCGCACAGGUGUCCGCCAACAGUGAAAUCAACAAGAUGACCAACAGUAACCUGGCCGUGGUGUUUGGGCCCAACCUGCUGUGGGGGCGGGACAACGCCAUGUCACUCAGCGCCAUCGGACCAAUCAACAACUUCACCCGAAUCUUACUGGAUCAGCAGCAUCUGGUGUUCACCUAAAGCUCCUCUCCUGCCUGACACCAUCGUACUGAAAGCAUUAAGAACCAUUGACAGCACUUAGAUAUGAAAAAAUCUUUGAUUCAUUUUAAAUAUAUAUGCAUAAAGUUCUGUCAAUGUUAAUGCUAUAAUUAGUCUAAGGGCUGUUGUUUUGGGCCAUUUCAGACACUAAAAAUAUAUACAAGUCCGCACAAAGUCUAUCCAUAAACCAAGUACGUGUCUGUAAUGUAGCAGUGAGGACAUGGUCUGCUUAGUUUGAAGUGCCCGUAGUGAAAAGUGUUGAUGUAUAAAUGUGUGGUACAUGUGUGAACUUAGCGGCAUUUCAGACAAAAAAAUUACCUAUAGAUAUUAUCAGGGACAGUAGGCAUUCAUACUACACACGCAUAAGAAAACUCUAGUGCAGUGUUUCUCAAAAUGCGGGACAGGACUGAAUAGUGUGUGAGUGAAAUGUGAAGACUUAAAUAAGUACUUAAAUAAAUCAAAAAAAAAAAAAAAAAAAAGUCAAUACACGUUAAUUUGAAUCAAAUUAAAAAGUAAAUAAAUAAAUUAAAAUACAUAUGAUUUCUGUGUAAAUGUGCAAAAAAAAGAAAAAAAAACAAUUUACGUUGUAAUCCAUUUGUCCUGUCCGUAAAAAGUUUUUGAAGGAAAAGACUUUUAUGAAACUGUGAGGUUUUAAGUAAUUGAGUAAAUAUAAGUAAGUUUGUAAAAAGUAAAAAAAAAACAACAACAUAUAUAUAUAUUUGAAGUUUUGGAAACCCUGCACUAAAGAAAAUAUUACUGUACAAGAAAACAUUCAACAUUCAAUAUAAUUCUGCAUGUGGUACCUUAGUUCGUCUGUGGCUGUAGUUCGGAGAGUAGCCACUAGAUGUCCCCGCUCCCCGUCAGUCUGUAGUGUGCUCUGUGGCGUGUGUGCGUGUGUGCGCGUGUGUGGUGCCAAAAAGACAGAGGAAGAAGACGAUGAUAUUACAAAGUGGGUUUUCUAUUGAAGUCUCAGGUAAAAGAGGCGGGUCCCAAACCUCCAGGACAAUCCGUUCGAAGCAGCUGAUUGGACGAAGUGUCAGCCGUAGCUCGUCUCUCAUUGCUUCUCACUGGUCACACGCUCUGCUCUCUGCUCUUGUGUGUUUUAUGUUUUUCCCAUUUGUGAGUGAGGUCUUCAUCUCUCUGUAACUUCAUUUCAUUCUGAUGUGGUGGAUUAGAAUAUAUAUACCAGUACAGUAGUUACAGUAGUUGUCCAGAAAAAGUACUUUGCUUGUGUGGCGUGGUCUGGUUCGGAUCUCUGUAGGUUUGUAGUAAAGAAAAAAGCUUAGUUGUAAUGCCCAAAAACAAAAAUAUUAUUCUUGUAGUAAAUAUUGUACAAGAAACCAUCCAAAGUAUUUCACAGUUAACAGAUUUAAAGAGUUGUAGUGACGUUCUAAAUUCAAUAGAUAACAUAAUUAUUGUAUUAUCAGCAUUAUUAAAGGUGCACUGUGUCACUUUUUUGGGUUGGGAGUCCAUCACCUUGUUGUUUCUAUGGAUAUGUCACUGCUCUAUCUGCAAUGUUUCACAGUAUGACAUUAAACAGCUCACAUCGCUUACUUUUAUUCAAUUACAGGUGGUUUUAUAUCUGAAAAAUACCAGACCAUCCACCAGAAAAGUUACACAAUGCACCUUUAAAUCUAAGUUGUACUCUAACCGUUUAAUUGUAAAAUGUAUAAAAUUGUGACAUUACCAAAAAUGAACUGUUACAGGACUAGACUAGACACGAUCCGUUCCUUCUCACCCUCUGUAACAGCUGUGUAGAUUUCCAGGUAAAGGCCGCCACACACCGCAGGAGAAUUUGACUGAUUUUGGUUGCAAUUUGCAAUUUUCCGAGUUUACGGAGGUGUGACCCGACUUUGUGUCUUUGUGUCAGUGUGACUCUGGUGGUUCUGAUCUGACAGAGCAGCUCAAACAUCAGCAACGCUACAGUAACAGCCAAUAAAACAGAGCGUCAGGGGCAAAGGAGUGACAGACACAGAGACAAAAUACAACCUCGAGAUAUAGCGAGAUUGUAUUCCUCACGUCUUUUAAAGUGGUAAAUUUAAACUUCAGUGUCUCAUCGACAUUAUCCAGAGAAAUUGUCCUCCACAAAUAAUGACCCCAGUUCACAAAACAGCUGGGCUGUGAAUCCAGUUUGAGGCAUUGUUUAAAAGUAAAAAGGUGAGAGUAGUUCCUCACGUGUGUCCGUUUACAUCCACACAGCUCACAGAUCGAGCUGAAGCUGCAGAUUAGUGACAGUGACUCUACUUCCUAUGGACUUUAUCUCCAAUCUUUUCUGCUUUAAAAAUCCUGUAUCUGAAGUAUUGCACCACAUUUUACAAAUAAUAACAACACAGUUUUGACUUGGAUCUAAACUAGAAGUGCAGAGCUCUGAUCUUUGAACACUUAAGAGACUCAGAGCCACUGGUUUUACUGUCGACGGGAAACAGUUGACGCCAUCACGCUCACAGUUUUAUAUCCUGUGGUCUGCAGACAGAUCCCACUGCAGUCUUUGUGAUAGGAGAUUUUAAAUCUCGUAAGAUUCUCCUCGUGUCUGUGGUGUGCGCAUGUUUAAGUGUUGCAUGUUUAAAUAUUGCUUAAGACCGAAAAAUCCUGCAGUGUGUGGCUGCCUUAACAGUAGAUUGAAUUCUUAAAAUUUGCAGCUCUGUCAGUAAAUAGUUUCAUUUAGAUUUAGUUUUGUCUUGUCUGCGCCAAUGGCCACUUAUCCAAUCACUAAUGUACACCUGCCUUCACAGAUGCCAUUCUAUUGAGUUAGUCUUCCAGUAUUUGAACAUUAAUUAGCAAAUAACUUUAUCAUUUUGUCUACAAGCCCUUAACGAUUCACUAAUUAUUCUGUUUCCUUAUUUUUUUAUAUUUACUUUGACCAUGAAGCUUGAGAUUUUAGAGAUUUUGUCCGUCCAAAAACAUCUGCACUGAAAUAUGAUGCCGAACUAAAUCAUUUGAGUUUACCCAAAAUCUUGCCUUCUACGUUGUAAUCUGCCAAAUAUCGUAAUGCAGUGUUCUUGUUUGUUGUUUACCAAACGCCAUUUGAAGCCUUGUGUUUGCAGCCAUUUUCUUCCAACAGAGCAGACUUCAGGCAGGGUCCAUUCUAGUCCAUAUCCACAGUACAUGUUGACAAAAGUACUUCUUAUGCUUCUAAAUAGAUAUACUACUAUCACUCAUCAUGUAUGUGAACUUGCUCAAGCUGUUUUGUUUUGUUUGUGAUUUAACGGCACCAAAAGUUUGAGUGAAUGAAACUAAACUGUUAAAGGCAUGGGACGAUAGAUUACAAUUUUUUAUUUUAUUUAUUUUAUUUUUUAUAGCUUUCCAUGAAUAAUAACGCAAACCUCUAAAUGCCACAGUACUGAAAAAUUUAAGAAAAUUUUGAUUUCAAAUUUCCAAAAAAAUCUGAAAAACAAAUGGAAUUAAUGAAUAAUCUUAAAAAAAAAAAAAUGAAUUCAAUAUUGCCAAAGGAACAGCUGGUUCUUCUCCUCCCACAUAAACACCACUGUACAAGAGCCAAAAAAAGAGCAAAGAAACACUUGUCGUGCUACGUGUUUGUGUGUUUGUGUUGUUGAGUUUCGGAUGAAAUCAUCACUCGGCCAACUACAUUCAUUACAAACAGGGCGUAACUAAAUAAACUUUGCCAAAAAGCAGCUUCCUGGUCAGAUGGAGGUUAAUUAGGGUUUAAGUACAGAACAGAACACUCAGUUCAAACAUCUGUGAAUUUACCAGGUCAAAUACGUCAUUGAAAAGUGAAUCAGAAUGUGAUGAAAUGGGGACGACGGCUCUGGUUCCCAUGAUGUCGUAUUUAUAUAUUUUAGAAAAAGAAAAAAAAUAGAACAAUUUGUGGACAGUGGUCUUAUAGUCACUCAAAAUAUGGCAAAAAAAAGUUGACUUUCCAAAUGUAUUGUUCAACCUUGAUAGUAAAAUAAACAAAGAUCACAAUGUUAUGCCAACUUAAAGAAACUGAUUUGACUCAACUAAGAAUUUGAAGUUUGGUUAAAGACGCAGUUUUACAGUAUUUAGCAUCAAAUGUCAAGUUUAAACCUGAAUCUCAAAAGUCAGGUAAAAAAUAUAAUAUAUAUAUAAUAUAAUGAUUUUUUUAAAUACAGUUUAUUCAGGUACCAAAUAUAAAUCCUUUUCAUUGUCCAUAAGAUAAUAAUACAAUGAAGCGUAUUGUAAUAUUAUCGAUUACUGCACAUUCCAACUUUUUUUCUUUCAAUUUUGAUUUAUUAUUAAAACUAAAAACAAAAUGAAUAAUACUCACACCUGUUAGCGUCCCAUGCCUGUGCUGUCAGUCUGUGGUGUGUGUGUGUGUGUGUGUGUGAGUGAGUGUGUGUGUGUGUAUCUACCAAACUGUGCUUUCUGUAUCGUUCAUAUUUUGGAGGUGAUUUGAUAAAAAAUAAUAUUCUUGAUCAUAUGAAUAAGUGCAUAUGUGUAACUAAGUGAUGUAUGCCAUUGAAGUGCCAUUGUGCCGCUUGGCCAUAGAUUAAACCAGAGGUGCUCAGAGCUGUGUGGACAUUAGCAAGACUGCCCAGUGCCCAUAGGAAUAUGAUUAACUUUUAUUAAUAUAUGCUAUGGACCAAAACACACACUCCAUUCUUUUCAAAUGACAAUCACUUUUAUUUUUUGUUUUCUCCCAAAAAUUAUGUUAUUUUCUAACUUAAUCAUUCCAUUUCCCCAUACAAAAUAGUUUAUCCUUGUGAUGCUCACCAUGUAUUUUCCUGCUAAUGGGCUCGGUCUAAUCUAUGGAACGUCGUACUGUAGCCGUUGUCAUAGUGACGGUAAACAACAUUUCUCUAGGAAGGAAUGAUUGGUUUUCCAGAUUCUUGGACUUCUUGAUAUCUAGUGAACUUUAUUUUCUUAAUUCUUUUUUUCACCCUUUUACUUUUGAUAUGACGUGGACUGUGUAUAUGUGUCAGAUAUUAUUGUGUAAUUAUAAUGAUGAAUGCAGCCAAUAAAAUAUCACUGAAAAUCA